AUGAUCCCUUCAUCAUAUAAGGAGAAACUUUUAUCCUUAGGAUGUGGAGGUUUUUUGGUGAGGCAUGAUGAAACUGAAGACAUAGUGAACAGGUGGAAGUCCUUUUUUGCGAAGAAGAAAGGGAACGAAGAAGACAACACUAAUAAAGAUGAAAUUGAUGGUGUAGAUACAGAGGGGACUACUGCCAAACCGAAGUAUCCCACCUUAAAGGUCACGGCAGAACAAUACACAGCUUGGUGCCAACCAUGGAUGAACUCCUUGAUAAUCAAACUGAUGGGACUCCAAGUACCACGGCAUGUCUUUAUUGAUAGGAUUCGAAGAAUGUGGAAACCAAAGGAUUUGAUGAAAGUGACUCUGCUAAGUAAUGACUACUAUAUUAUCUCAUUCUCGAGUAGGGAAGACAGAGAAUAUGCAUUCCAGGAGGGCCCAUGGAUGAUAGAUGACCAUUACUUGCUAGUUCAAAGAUGGAGGCCGAAGUUCAACCCAUGGAAAGCAGAUAAUCAAAGAAAGAUCGCCGCCUGGAUUCGCAUUCCAGAUUUACCAAUGGAGUUCUACAAUGUGGAGUCUUUGGGAAUUAUUGGGGAUAUGGUGGGCAAGACAAUCAAAGUAGAUCGGUUGACUUCAAUUUACGACAAAGGAGGAUUUGCAUGUCUCCAUCAGGUAUGCUUUCUCUGUGGUAGGUAUAGACAUAAGAGACCUGACUACCCACUACUAGCCGCCACAUCUAUGAGGGACUAUUCUUCCAAAGACCAUAUUGUUCACACUACAAAAAUAAGUGAUGAAACAAUUGAUCAAAUUUUGACGACGAGUAAUACCCUAACGGUGCUCAACGUUCAUCUGGGUCCCCAAAUAUUGGUUAGCCGUGAUUUUCGCAAGAGUAAUCCAAGUGUGGAUAAAAGGGGAUCACAUCGCAGUAAUAGUGUGGCAGAGAAGAAGGGAUUAAAUAAUGGUAGUUCUAGAGCAGGAAAAAGGGAAUCAGGGACGAGUUUUAAUGCGAACAAUCAGUCACAAAUAAAGGAGAAGGACCUAAUCAAGAUGGUACAUUAG